AUGCUGCCGGACCGCCGCGUCCUCGGAUUUUUCCCAGCCAAGCCAUUGGCACAGUUUGGCACUCUGGGUCCUAACAACGAAGUUUGUUCCGGACUGACGAAAGAAGUCUUCAAGCCAUCUUCCAGCGUCCUUGUUGACCCAAAGACCAGAGACCGUCUUACCAAGGGACCGAAGCUUCUCAGGUUCUGCUCCGGAAACGUCGAACUGAACCCGAUUCAGUAUCUGGGCAGUCUUUGA